CACUGCAGAACAUAGAAGCUGCAGCCACUAGCAGAAGCUCAGCCAAAGCUCCAGUCAAAAUGGAUCCCUCUGAAGAAAGCAAUGAUCUCCUGCCUUUGUCCAUUGCAAGGCAUUUGGUUUGCACAGUGCUGAGUUUGUCAUUCAUCGUCGGGAUCCCUGGGAACUCCUUUGUCAUUUGGACCAUCUGUGGCAGAAUGGCCCAAAGGCCUCCGACGGUCAUGCUGAUCCUACAUCUGGCCAUCGCUGACCUCCUGGUUCUUGUCACCUUGCCAAUCUGGAUCUACUCCUUCGCCAACACCUGGCUCUUUGGGCUCGUUGCUUGCAAAGCCCUGACAUUCGUCGUUUAUUUCAGCAUGUACGCAAGCAUCUUCCUGAUCAUGGCCUUGAGCUUUGAGCGGUUCAUGGCUGUCUUUUACCCCUUUGCUGUCCAAUGCUGGAAGAAGAAGAUGACCACCAGGAUGUUGGUCUUUGCCAUAUGGUUCCUCGCCAUUGCCUUUGGAGCCGUCAUCAUCCCGUUUCGGGAAACCAACAACACAGAGGCAGGUCUUCAGUGCGCAGAUUUCAGUUAUGAUAGUAAUGCUCAAAUGAUUGCCUGUCUCUUGCUGGAGACUCUUGUGGGCUUUGUCGUGCCCUUUGCCUUCAUCUCCAUCUGUUAUGUGCUGGUCGGCAGAAGAAUCAGAAACAUGACUUCUCCAUCAAAGCAACGCUCUGCAAAGCUGAUCGCUUCAAUAGUUGUGGCCUUUUGUCUCUGCUGGCUGCCCCAUCACAUCUUUAACUUGAUAAGUAUUGCUUCAGCUCUGAUGGAGGAGUCCUAUCCAGGGACAUCUGAAGCUCUGGAGAAGAUUUCAGCAGUGGGGGCCAACAUCACAGGCUCGCUUGUCUUCGUGAGCAGCUGCAUCAACCCUCUCCUUUACGCCUUUGCUGCCAGGAACUUCCAAAGCAGCGUGAGGUUUACCAGGCUAUCUAGACUGUUUGAACAGAUGAGCCCUUCAGAGAGGACGGAAACUGUGAAAGAGGCACCAAACACAAACGGGAACGAGGAGAGUUUGACAAGCACAGAGAUGAUCUAAUGAGGGCCAGGGGAGAAAAUGAGGUCAGUCUCCAUAGCGGUGGCCGCACUGUUGUUACUUACUGUGACUCCUUCGUUCUUUAUCUGUUCAAGCACAGCUAUGCAGACCAGCUCUUCAUCCAGAAACAUGACUCUUCAAAAACAGUUAUUCUAGACAAGCUAACUAGACCCAACUCCGGCAGUUCAUGCUGGCUGAACAAAAGCAAGCAGCCAGUGUGCCCAAGACCCAAACUGAAGAGAAUAAGAAGGAACGGAGGAAGCUGCCUUGUACAGAGUCGGACCAUCUAGUUCAAUAUUGUCAGUACUGACUGGCAGCAGCUCUCCAGGGCUCCAGGCAGGGGACAUGCCCUGCUCUGCCUGGAGCCACCAGGAUAUAACUUGGGACUUUCUUCAUGCAUAUGCUUUCCCCAUUGAGCUAUAGCCUGAAACCCGGAGGGGCAGUUUAGUGAAAUCUGAGCUAGAUAAACUUAGGGUCUGAUUCAGCAUAAGGCAGCUUCCUAUGCACCUGAGACAGAAAGCGGUGUUCAAGGAAGGCAUUUCGUGUUGAAGGGGUAACCUGGGUGAAGGCGUGGUGUCUUUAUAAGCAAGCAGGAGACAGUUGGGCGGUUUGAGGUGGUAGCCCCAUGGAGGAACAUAGAUCCAGGGCAGGGAGAUGUCUGGGGAUAACAGUGGAGAGCUUUGAGGGCAAAAUCAAGGGCACUUAGGAAGCUGCCUUAUACCAAGCAAGAUACUAGCUCAGUGUUGUCUCCUUGCAGGGUCUUUUGCAGCCCUAUUUGAAGGAAGCAGAGCUGAACCUGGGACCUUUUGCAUGCAAAGCAUCCUCAUUAUCCAAUGAGCCAUGGUCCUUCUUAAAGGGGGUACUAGGGAUGGGUGGAUAUGUCCAUUUUGGUUUCUCUCAGUUUCUCAUUUUUCCAGACUUCAGUUCCCCACACUUCCAGAUCAGGCUUUUUUUUUGGGGGGG